AUGACAUCAAAAGGCGGUUACAGGAAAAUCUCUGGUGAUGACGAUCAUGAAGUCAGUUUUGCGUCUUCUCUUUUUUUUCGUUGGAUGAACGGAGUCCUUAAGGGGGGCAGUCAAAGACCUUUGGAUCAAAAUGACUUUUUACCUUUGUCAGACGAAAACUCUGGCCGUUUUGUCACCGACAAGCUUCGAACAAGCUGGGAAAGCGAGAAACAUCAUUGCAGGAUAAAUGGGAAAAGGCCCAAACUUUGGAAAAGUGUGUUCGAUAUACUUUCUGUCAAAGAUGUCAUCAUCAUUUUGACGGGGAAUAUAUUGUAUACAAUGUCUCGCCUUCUCUUUCCACUGUUUAUCGGGUAUCUCGUUUCUAAGCUUAUGUCAGCUGAGGCAGAGAAAACUUAUCUGCUCUACGCCUGCGCAUUAGCUUUGUGUCUCAAUGGUUUUAUCGGUGGCCUUAGUAUCCACCAGCAAGACUACAGAUGUGAAGUGCUGGGGAUCAAAAUAGGAAGCGCUCUAAGGGGACUUGUGUACCACAAGGUAGGCACGAUCGUAAAGUCGUAAUGUCUUAUGGUUUUGUCGCAAGGUCAAUUCGAUCUAUAAGUACUUUUUUCCCGAAACCUUAACCGAUUGCAAUAAACUUAUGCCAUGGUGAGACCCACAAGGAGGCCUUCAUUGAACGUAAAAAUUGGUUUCUGAUUCUAGGAGAGAAAUUUAAAUUAAGAACUCAAUCGAUUCUGCACACCAACAAACAAACAAAGUUACUCACAGCAACCUAGUCCAUUAAACCAUUAAAGAGUACUUCAGAAUUGUAAACUCCUACCGGGCUUUGAACCUCCAAAACUAACCUAAUCAUUCGAAAAAUUUCUUCAAAUGUGCUGAUAAUGGUCAGACACAACGCACCUGUUGCAAAAAAUUCUUCCACGGCUAUCGCAGAAAAGAUUUAUUUGAUUCAAGAACGCCUCUUUGUGUGGCUCAUUACCGGUUCAAGUAGAUCGCCUCGAGAUGAGAGAAAGAAGAACAUUACUUUCACACGUCACAAGUAGACGGUCGCCCUGCUGAGCGACAUUCAAAAAUAGCGACUGAUUUGUCGCAUUUUUGACACAUUUGAAGAUAGUUUGGUAAAGGCUCGAUUAAUCUCGUCUCGAUAAGCGAACAUGGAAAUCAUUUGUGGCGGAGAUUAAAAUCUUAUAGGUUUUGGAACAUACUUCCCCUUCAAUGUCAAAUCUUCACUUUCUUUCAGACGCUUCUUCUCAGCAAGCAGACGUUACUGGAAUUCACUUCAGGACGCUUAUUCGACCUGAUAUCCAAUGAUGUUAAAACAAUGGAAGAAGAGACAGUCAAGUUUUUUUUCUUGACACCUUUUGCAGUCCUUUCUUAUGCAGGAACAAUAUUCCUCAUCUACUAUUUAAUUGGCUGGCAGGCUGUUAUGGGUGUGUUCCUCCUGUGUAUUCUCAUGCCAUACUUUGCCGUCUUGUCCUAUGCUAACGCUAAGCUGCGCUUGCGCACAGCUACAGUGUCCGAUCAGCGGAUCUCCUUAAUGAAUCAAGUAGUUUCCGGGAUCCGCGCGAUCAAAACCCAUGCGUGGGAGGACGAAUAUCGGCGAAAAAUAGAACACAUACGGAGGUAAGGUGAAUAAUUAUGUUCAAUCAACAACUUGGAGGUGUAAGCUGCAUUAACUCUUUGUAUGAAUAUAUUUAAAUUUACUUAUCAUAUGUCUCAGUUAGAACGUGCGCUAUGAACGGCUGAUGUAUGCGCCGAUCAAUUCAAAGAAGAACGAAGAACGAAAUUAUUCUCACAACAAUCGACUGUAGAAGUGAAUGUCGAUGUAAAUCUCUAAAAAAUAAACUUCAAAUUAUUUCAUUUACGUCAAAACGCUUAACCUGAUCAGACGGGAAUAUUACCAGACGGUGGAGUUCUUUAUGAAAUAGUUAAGAUCGCAUGCUUGUUCUCAUUGAUCGAUAGGCGUGUUCAGAUGAAGGUGUGUAGACAAGGUCGGACGUCUCACCUUCCGGUGCUUUCUCACAAAUACUUCAUCAAAGCAAUGAGAACCCUUUUUUUUCUCGGCGUUUAUAUAGCCUCAUAUAAACACGAGAGGACUGGGAGAAUUCUCGAAAGUUAUACAAACCUUCGACUUCCACUUGGGUUUACAUAACUUUUCCGACGUGAAUGGCUAAAAUUUAGUGGCAUCCGUCAUUCCCGUGAUCGUUGACCUAAAUUAUUUUAAAGUUCGAAAUGUAUAUCCACUAAUCUAUUUGUCUCUCCACUAAGAGCUUUAUUACGUAAGCAACUUAAAUAAGCCCUAAAUAAGGCCUUGGACAGCUGAGUGAGCCGAUCAGAAUGCCCUUUUCAUAAAGAAUAAGUGUGUCACGAUACCCAUUUCAUAACCAGAGAACUGGUCCGUUAAAACCUAUUAGUAUAGGGGACACAGGUUAAUACCGCUUUUCUCAAGCGCUUUUAGGCUAGUUCGGAGGUGAUCAUCGAGUGCUAACCACCUCCCUGUAGCCGAUGAGAGAAAAUACUACGUCAAGAGUUUUCGUUACAUUGACAGAAAUAAAGUGACUUUUUCGGUUUCUGUAUCUAAAAUUAUUAUUCACCUCUAAAAAUGAAAGGGUUUGAUAUUCACCCACUCUUCGGAAAAUAAUUGUUAAUUAAAAAAAGUAAAACGUUUCCCUGAAUCUAACUCGUCUUCAGUUGUGCCUUAUUUUUUAUACGCGGUCCUAGGGUCGCGGUAGACAAGCACUUCCACGACGAAGUAGACGAUGGGAAAUAUCUUCGAGGGAAGGGUGCACUUCUAGCGUGUUCACUCAUCCAUGCUUCUAAGUAAAGAGAAGACUGGGGACGAGUUUCUAUAAAAGAAUAUCCACAUAACAUGCUAUGAACUUUUUAUCUUCAGAAAUGAGAUCAACGUCAUUUCGAAGAGGACAGCCAUUCAGUCAAGUAUCGAUGCCUUGUUGUACAGUGCAACGCCAUUAGCUACUCUGGUGUCAGUAAUUACUAUGGUGCUUACGGGCCAGACUCUCACACCCGCCAAUGUUUUUAUGCUUCUAUCGUUUAUGGGUGUUUUAAAAUUUUAUGGCAUGUUGAAUAUAACAAAUGGUUUCAUAAGAACAUAUGACGCUUACGUUUCGCUUGGAAGAAUCGAAGAGUUUCUUCAUUUAGAAAACUUAUCAGAAGCCUCGGAGGACGAUGAAAGUAAAGAACACCCACAAAAGGCCAGGAGUACCUUCACUAAACAGAGUCACGGCUACUCAGAAAAAGAAACCGAAAAUAUGAGGAACGUUUCCGGUGCUCGUAAAGCAACGGAAUUAGGGCCUACUCAUCUAUGUGUGUCUAAUUUAACUUGCACAAAAAAGAAUCGUGAAGAUGAAUUUAUUCUCCAGGAUAUCAAGUUUGUUGCACCUUCAAAGAGUUUAACAGUCAUCACCGGCCCAGUUGGAAGUGGUAAGUCUACUCUGCUUUCAGCUAUCGCUGGUGAAAUUUCCAACACGAGUGGCAUGAUUUCUUAUCGAGGCAAGGCCAUUUACUUGCCUCAGACUACCUGGGUGUUCUCGGGAACGAUAAAAGAAAACAUCCUUUUUGGCCAACCCUACGAGGAGUCCAAGUACGAAAGAAUUAUCGACGUCUGCGCUCUGAAAGAAGACUUCCAGCGGUUUCCUAGUGGUGAUCAAACAGUAGUUGGAGAACGCGGCGAGGUUCUGAGCGGAGGACAACAGGCGAGAGUAAGUUUAGCUCGUGCAGUUUAUGCUGACGGAGAUAUUUAUCUACUGGAUGAUCCACUGAGUGCCGUCGAUUUGAAAGUCGGCCAACACAUCUUUAACAAGUGCAUCAAAGAUCUACUGGGCGAUAAAAUCGUUCUGUUUGCCUCUCAUCAGCAACAGCACAUGGAAAAUGCCGAUGAAGUGAUUGUGUUGUACAAAGGGCGUGUCCUCGACAAAGGACGCUUUGCUGAACUGCACGAAAAAGGUGUAAUCAGUUCAACUGUUGACCCGCUCUAUAGAGCAGCUCUGAAGGACAAAACAGACUCAUCUGAGCCGUUUGCUUGGAAAAAUUCAGAGAAACAGGAUGAUGCUCAUUUUCUGCCCGAUAAAGCCAGUAGUUUGGAGAUAGCAAAAGAGGACCGUACAAUCGGAGUACUGACAGCCAGGCUUUAUUGGGACUAUUUCAGAAGUGGAGUACAUCCCUUGAUGAUAACUGGAAUGGUUGGUUUUAGCCUCAUUACUCAAGGUAAACUUUUUGUUAUACCGAGUUAGAAGCCUUGGGUCAGACCAUUAAAGGGGAAAACAUCCUUUUUUCUAUUUCGUGAAAAGCGUAUGAUAAUCUCUAUCGUUUUAACAAACACUAUUUGUUAAAAGGAAAAUGAGCUGGCAUGAAAACCUUGCUAACCACCUGCAAAACGGCGCCAUUUUUCCGUUUCCAGGCGUGCGAGAAAGUGCGUGAUGCACACAAGAGGACAACACAAAGGGCAAAUGACGGGCGAUUGGAGAAGCACGUGUCUAGCUGCUCCCUUUUGCUUCGUGCUUUGCUUACGCUUACCUUUUGCUCGUCUGAAAAACACGAGAAAAGGCUGCCUGUCGUGUAGGCUACCAUGUUAGGAGAUCUCGAGGGCAAUGGUUAACAGAUUUAUCUAUCCUCAUAUAUUGUGGCGCUUACAGAAACAUCCUAAACCUGCAAAUAGUCAUUUGUUGAGGGUGGUGCCUGAGCCAAAUAAUUCUUACAACUUGUUCCACUAAGUGAUCAUAUGGAAAUAAAUGCCAAUAAUAACAUCUUAAUGGUGUUUCUUUCAGCCAUCAUAGUUGCUCCAGACUUGUGGCUCUCAUUUCUUGCAAAGCUAGACCAAGAGGAUCAGAAGAACAAGACUUAUCUAUCUGUCUUCGCCUGUGUGGUUGGCGCGUGUUUUACAUUUACUACCAUUCGGGCUUAUGGAUUCCUCUUAGUUUCUCUUAAGUGCGCCGAGCGUCUCCACGAUAAAAUGGUUGUGGCCAUUUUACAAGCACCUGUCCUGUUCUUUGAUACAAAUCCGGUGGGAAGAAUCCUAAAUCGCUUUUCGAAUGAUAUUGGCUGCGUGGAUGAGUUGCUACCCAAAACAAUUCUAUGGGCAAUGCAGAUGCUCUUGCUUAUAUUUCUUCAAAUUCUAGUGACAGUUGCCACAAAUGUUUGGCUCGUUUUUGUUGUUGUUCCAAUUUCGAUGCUGGUCGUUUUUCUUUCCAAUUAUUACUUGAAGACUGCCAGAGAACUAAAGAGGUUGGAGUCGAUAUCCCGAAGCCCAGUGUUCGCUCACUUUUCGGAGACCCUGAUAGGACUGGACACGAUUCGUACGAGAGGAAGACAGAGAGAUUUUGUGGACACACUUUACAGGUAUGUUAAAGACAUUGACUCAGGCUGUGCUUCUAGAGCUGAUAAAUGCACAGGCCACGAAUGAGUCGUAAUUGACUCUAUUUCCAACUGAAAUCACCCUUCAAUUUUUGUCGUUUCUAUUGCAAUCCUUCCUGCCAUGUGCCGAGACACUGGUCUGCAAGUGAACCUUUCCUUACGGGAGGUUCUUGGAAAGUAGUACCUUUUCGGGGAGGGAGGGGAGAGGCAAAAGGCUGUAUUUUACCCCGAAUAAUCUCCUUAGAGCUUUUUAAGGCUGUUUUCGAACAACAAAACAAAAGUAAUCACAACAAGCCAAGAAGAACGAGAACUCGAAGUAAAAACAAGGAAACGGCAUUGAAUGCCCGAAAACGGCAAGGACCAGUAGGUGGUUGGUUUUGCUUUUACUUCGGAUUUAAUAAGAAGUGGUGUCGAGUUUGCUGGUCUAUUUAGAGAGCAAAAUAAUACAAAUAACAAAGCUAAUGCAGAUUUUUAUCGACACUCAACUGAUAAAUCAUUUCAUUAUUAAAACGUAUUGUGAUAAAAACUCGUCCCUCCAGAUAUCAAGAUGUUCAUAAUCAGGCGUACAUUAUGGUGAUGGCCAGCGGUAGGUGGCUCGGUGUACGUUUGGAUUGUCUCGCUUCCUUGUUAGUCGGUGCUGUUGCUCUGGCUGCAGUCUUGGUAUCUCAAGAUGCCGGUAAGCCCAAGAUUCUUAGUAACGUUUUUGAGUCUUCCUAUUUAUCACGAAUCUAUAUGGUCAUGAAUUGAGACAGCACACACUACUGAAUUAUAAAAUAAGCGAGAUUAUACGCGCACUCUCAAUGGUCGAUAGAUGUAUACAGGUGAGGGUUGUAACAUUUUAGAUUCGCGAUAAUUCUUGGAAAAUGUAUUAUGAAAGCAAAGUAAUAGAGGACUAUUUCCGUGUCUAGAUAGCCUCAACUAAACACGAGUAACUUGGAGAGUGGUGUACCCGAAAGUUAUGCAAACCCAUGGGGUAUCAAAUUUAUCAAAGGGUCGUUUCUAAGCACGACAAUAACAUAAGAGUCACUCGGGCCGCUUAAAUGCUCAGAAAAUUUUCAAGUGUCUCUAAUGAUUCAAAGUGAAAUUUGGGUAUUGACUUCACUGUUCCAAAAUUAAAUUUAAAAGAAAACAACAACAACAAAAAGGACUAAAAGGAAAUUUAGUUGACAAAAAAAAAGACGGGGUAUAUAGCAACAAAAAAAACCGUGUAAAUAUCUCCGAUUAACUGACUGCCAGGAACAGGAUACGUCGCUAUAACCUUGACAAGUUCCCUUUCAAGAUUCGAGCUAUCGAAGAAGACUGGUCCAGAAAUAUUAAAAUAAAGCUCUUUUUCUUUCAGCUUACGCUGGUCUCGCUCUUGUUUACGUCAUCCAAACUCUGAGUAUGACUCAAUACGCUGUUAGAAAAACCUCUGAAGUGGAAAAUUACAUGACGUCAGUUGAGCGAGUUAUGACCUACACCAAACUUGAUCAGGAGCCUGGAUACGAGGAAGAACGAACACCCCCAAAAGACUGGCCUCAGGGAGGAAGUAUUGUGUUGAGAGAUGUAUCAUUGACGUACUAUCCGGGGGGACCUCAAGUGCUGAAGCACAUCAAUCUUAGCAUCAAAGGAGGAGCAAAGAUCGGAGUUGCCGGCCGUACGGGAGCUGGGAAGUCAUCUUUUGUAGCAGCUCUUAUGCGCAUGCCCGAUGCUGAUGGAGAGAUAAUCAUCGACAAUGUUCCAAUUAAAGAGAUAGGCCUCCAAGAAGCUCGACGAGGUAUCUCGGUUCUCGGCCAAAGUCCUGUUCUUUUUAGUGGAUCACUGAGAAAAAAUCUCGACGUUUUAGACAAGUUUCAAGACGCUGAAUUGUGGCAGGCUUUAGAGGAUGUGCAACUGAAAGAUUUUGUCGAGACUCUUGAGGCUAAGCUGGAUCACGAACUGCUGGAACAUGGCGCUAAUGUGAGUGUCGGAGAGCGGCAGUUAAUUUGCUUGGCUCGUGUGCUGCUACAGCGAAGUAAAAUCGUUGUCUUGGACGAGCCAACUGCGCAUGUAGACCCAGACACAGAGCAGACGAUCUGGAAUGUAGUGCGGGACAAACUGAAAGAGUCCACUGUUAUCACUAUAGCUCACCGUUUGAACACGAUAAAAGACUGCCAGAAGAUUUUGGUCUUGAAAGAUGGAAAAGUUAAAGGAUUUGACAAUUUUGAUUUAAUAGUGAACAUUAAGUAAGAUGCGGUCUAAGGUUGAAAUACCUCGAUUGUCAGAUCUGACUAAGGUUGCGGUCUAAGGUUGAAAUACCUCGAUUGCCAGAUCUGAUCCUGCAGAGCUCAAGAUAUUAUACAGUUUAUAAUCUCUUCCAAAGCUCUGAUUCUGCACAUCAUGGAG